AUGUCUCCGACAAAACGACUUCAUUCAAGUCCGUUGCAUGCCGGAUCUACGGCUCAUCAAAUACCGUCAUCUCCUGAGCUGGAGCUUGGGCCCACGCACCCGGCAAAGCGCUUUGCUGAGGCAAGUUCUCCAGGCAGUCCACCGUGGACAAACCAAGGGACAAAUGGCAAGGUAGCGGCGGUUGCUGGCGCCAUGCUUGAUGGAAUUUCCGAUGUGCGCUCUGAGAAAUGGCAAAAUACGAUGCAGGAUGUGGUCAGAGCGGUUAUUUCAGUGCACUUUUGCUGUCCUACCCCAUUUGAUACUGAAGGGUCAUACGUUUCAGAGGCUACUGGAUUUGUGGUAGAUGCUGAACAAGGUAUUAUCAUGACCAACAGACAUGUAGUAGGUCCAGGCCCCUUUACUGGAUUUGCUAUUUUCGACAAUCAUGAGGAAGUACCCGUGUGGGCGGUCUACCGUGACCCGGUCCAUGAUUUUGGCUUUUUGCGGUUCGAUCCCAAGGCAGUCAGGCACAUGAAGCUCCACCAUUUAGAGCUGCUCCCUGAACUGGCCCAAGUCGGAACAGAAAUCCGGGUUGUGGGUAACGAUGCUGGUGAAAAACUGUCCAUUCUCGCUGGCUUCAUUUCUCGAAUGGACAGAAAUGCUCCGGAAUACGGCGAUCUCACUUAUAAUGACUUCAACACAGAGUACAUUCAAGCCGCUGCUUCAGCAUCAGGGGGCUCUUCAGGCUCUCCAGUGGUUGACGUCAACGGUAAAGUUUUGGCACUCCAAGCGGGUGGAUCAACUACAGCUUCGACAGACUUUUUCCUGCCUUUGUAUAGAGGGAAACGUGCCUUGAAAUGUUUACAAAAUAACCAACCAAUCACUCGCGGUACUAUUCAGGUGCAGUGGAUGUUGAAGCCGUACGAUGAAUGCAUUCGAUUGGGAUUGACUGAAGAGGAGGAAGUUUUGGCUCGGGAAAACCACCCGGGAUGUACUGGACUGUUGGUAGCUGAAACUAUUCUCGAUGGCGGACCUGCUGAAAACUCGAUCGAAGAAGGCGAUAUUCUUAUUGAGGUUAACGGCAAGCCCACCGCGCUAUUCCGUGACGUCGAUGACGUUCUUGAUUCCUCAGUCGGUGAAAAUAUUGAAUUUACUGUCCUGAGAGAUGGACAAAGAAUCAAAAAUACCUUUGUUGUACAGAAUUUGCAUGAUAUUACCCCCUCCCGUUAUGCCAUGGUCGCUGGUGCGGUUAUUCAUGAUCUCUCUUAUCAGCUGGCUCGCCUAUAUGCUGUUCCUGUCAGGGGCGUUUUUGUUGCUGAAACGGGCCAGGUUUUCCGCCCUGAUCGUGACCGUACUGGCUGGCUGCUUGAGGAAAUCGAUAAUCAUCCAGUGAGCAGUUUGGAUGAGUUUCUGAAGGUUGCUCAGAAAAUACCCGAUAGAAAACGGGUGUCUGCGAGAUUCCGACACUUGACUGACCUCCACACCAUCAAAAGCUCCAUUGUCUGCAUGGAUCGUCACUGGCACAAGGAUAUCACUGUGGCUACACGAAAUGAUGAAACGGGUGUUUGGGACAUGAAGACGGUUGGUGAGGCUCUUCCGGCUGAGCACAUCACUCGGCUGCCAGCGAAGUUUGCCAAAAUUAGUGACGACGAGCGCACCGAGCGCAUUUCUCGCUCGUUCGUUAAAGUCGAGACCCGUAUCCCCUUGUCUAUUGAAGGCUACACUGCUUCUGAAUGCACAGAAUAUGGCUUGGUAAUUGACGCCGAGAAGGGAUACGUUAUGGUGUCCCGAUUCUGCCUUCCCCACUAUAUGUGCGACGUUUCCGUGAUUGUUGCCGAAAGUGUCAUUUUGCCAGCGUGGGUGGUGUUUUUACACCCGCAACAAAACUACGCGAUUGUUCAAUUUGAUCGCAGUCAAGUUGAUGCUCCGCUUGAAUCUGCCGUACUCUCAGAUGAGCCCUUGAAACAGGGCACUCGUUUGCAUUUUGUUGGCCACAAUUUCAACAUGAGAGUGUUUACCACUGAAACCAAGGUCACAGAUAUCUCGGUGCUGUACAUUCCGAUUGGCACGGAUUUAGCUCCCAGAUACAGAGCAACUAAUAUUGAAAGCAUUGGAUUUGAUGCACCUAUGAUUUCAGAUUGUAUUUCGGGUGUUUUGACUGACGAAAACGGCACUGUACGGGCCUGGUGGUCGUCUUUUAUGGGCGACGUGAGCUCCAACGGGCGUGACCGUCAAUUCCGCCUAGCUCUGGAUACAUCGUCUAUUAGUGGAGUUGUUGCUAAGCUCGAAGAGACGGGUACCAUCAAUCCGAGAUUCCUUGACUUGGAGUGCAAUGCUUUGCACCUUGUUGGGGCCCGCAUUCGCGGAGUUCCCGACAAAUGGCUGAAAAAGGUGCAGGAAAAGCAACCCGAGCGGCCUCAACUUCUCCAGGCUCUGCGAGUCGCCAGCAGUUUGGCUGGCAAAGUAUUUGAAGGCGACAUUUUGCUGUCCAUUGACGGAGAGCUAUUGACAUCGGCCGUACAGCUCUUGAACCUUGACAAACCAUCGGUAAGCCUGACGUUGAUCCGCAGCGGCAAAGAAAAACACAUUAGCGUCGAAACUACAGAGGCGGAGUCAGUAGUGACCCGCACAAUUGUCUCAUGGUGCGGCCUCAUUGUGCAUGCCCCCCACCACGCGGUUGUCCAGCAAAUCAAGCAGCCGCCAUCGCUUGUCUAUGUUGACCAUGUGGCGUCAGGCUCCCCAGGCAAUCAGUACGGGGUGUCGGCCACCCAUUUUAUUACCCAUGUCGGCGGAAAGCCCGUGCAGACGGUAGAGGAGUUUUACGACGUUGUUUCCGCCGUCGCAGAUGAUACCUACGUGAAGCUUCGCAUUGUCACAUUCGAUGGCAUUCCGUGUGCAUGUUCUAUACGCACCAACUACCACUAUUUCAAAACAUGGCGCCGGGAUCUUGUCGAUGGAACUUGGCAGCGCGAGGGCGGCGACCCGAUCGAGUAG